AUGAGUAUAGCGGCGAGCACGGUCACGGCGGAAAAUGAAGGGUCAUCAAGUGAAAUUGAGUCUGUUGUAUUGUCUAAGAAAACAAGUAGUCAAGUAUCACACAACAACACUAGAAAUAUUAAUGAUUUACAUAAAGCAGGCUCCAAUGAUGUUCCAUUAACUAACAAUGAAGAAAAUGAAGGGUUACCAAGUGAAAUUGAGUCUGUGGUAUUGUCUAAGAAAACAAGUAGUCAAGUAUCACUCAAUAAGACUGGAAAUAUUGAUCUGGAUAUCGAUGUUUUACAUAAACCAGAUUCCAGUGAUAUUCCAGGUUCUGAUCCAGGAUUGUGGAAUUUAGACGAGAAAACAAGAGAUUAUAUUUGUAGAAAUGGAUUCAGCCAAAAUAUAAAUGCAGAUUUUACACAUUCCAAAAAAGAGUAUCUCAUUGUACAUAAAUCUGGAGGUCAUCGGACUUUUAAUAGGUACUUAAAUAAAGAUUGGUUUAAAACUGUAUUAGUCAAUGGAGAGACAUGCCAACGAGAUUAUUUAUCCUACUCAGAAACAAAUGGAUCGAUGUAUUGUAUCCCUUGUUAUUUGUUUGAAAACCAGACUGUUUAUUCUAAAAAAGGAUUCUCAAAUUGGAAAUAUCCAGAAAAAUUGAAAAAACAUGAAAACUCAGAAGGACAUAAAAUUUGUGUAUACAAAAUGAAACAACGGGCAACUGAUUUAGGCCGAAUAGACACUACAAUUACUCGUCAGUUAAAAAUAGAGACAAAUUAUUGGAUUAAUGUGCUAACUCGAGUAUGUUCUGUAGUAAAGUCAUUAGCUAGUCAUGGAUUACCAUUUAGAGGAACUGAAGAAAAGUAUGGAUCUUCUGUUGCUAAUAGUGGUAAUUUUAUUAUGGCAAUGGAAUUAGUUGCAGAAUAUGAUCCUUUUUUGUCUCAGCAUAUAAGUAAAUAUGGGAAUCCUGGUAUCUGGUAUGUAUUACCAAAUGGAGAACCAGUGGAACGUUUUAUUGGGUUCAUUGACGAUGCUGGGCAUAAGGCUGAGUCGUUAACUGAUGCUAUAUUUUCUAUAUUGAAAAAAUAUGACUUAAAUGUUUGUUUUCUUAGGGGCCAGUCUUAUGAUAACGCCAAAAAUAUGUCUGGCAUUUAUUCCGGUGUUCAAGCAAGAAUUAAAGAUGUUAUUUUCUUAGCUGAUUUUGUUCCCUGUUCCGCUCAUUCGCUAAAUCUCAUUGGAAUGUGUGCUAGUUUAUCAGAUACUCGUUGGUCUGCUCGAGAUGAUGCUUGCCAUAGUUUGAAAACAAAUUGGGCUGGAAUGAAAAAAGCAUUAUUAGAUUUAAAACAUGAUAAACUACAAAAACCACUUACAAGGUCAGAAGCUGAUGGACUACUUCGACAACUUAAUAGACUAGAAACAUCAUUUAUGACCGAGUUUUGGAAUGAUGUACUUCAUACAUUUAAUAAAACUAGUAAACUAUUACAGUCUGUUCAAAUAGAUUUAAGUACUGUAGUAGAGUUAUAUAAUACAUUAGUUGCUUAUGUUAAAUCUGUACGAGAAAUGUUUCAAACCUAUGAAGACGCAGCAAAAGAAAAAUUUAUAGAUUGUGAUAAAAUUCCGGAAUUUGAAAAUAAACAAAGAAAACGAAAAAAAUAUUUUGAUGAAUCCAAUGAUCCUGGUCAUACAUUUGAUAGCCAAAACAAUUUUAAAAUUAAUACAUUUUAUGUCAUAUGUGACAAUUUAACAGUUGAACUCAACAAAAGAAAAUCUGCUUAUGACAGUAUAAUAUCUAAAUACAGCUUUAUUUUAAAAAUAUAUAAACUAGACCCUUCAAAAAUACGUGAAGAUGCAAAAAAAAUGAGAACUAUCUACAAACAAGAUCUAGAUGAAUCCUUUGAAAAUGAAUGUGUUCAUUUUUAA